AUGGAGUCAGACGCAGCGUCAAUCGAUGCGCCACCCAGCGAUCUACCAGAUCGCCUCCCAUUUCCACCGAUCACCUAUUCCCACAUCCUCAACUGCUCAUACCAUAACUGGCACCCACGAUACCGCACCCUCGCACCUAAAUCCCGAGUGAUCCCGCUGUCACCCCAAUUUAUCACCUACCUCCGCGUUGAUGGCAUCGUGCUCCCUCCGGAGCCAGUACGCCCAAGAGAUGACGACGACCUAGACACAUUCUCCGACUCCGGCGAGGAAGCCGAAGACCCCUCAACAGAAUGGGCCGAUAUUCACACGCAAAUCAAAGACACAAUUGCCGAGUUUGGAAAGGUUACCCCAAAACUAAACUGGAGCGCCCCCAAAGACGCAACCUUCAUGUCCGCUACAAACGACACGAAAUGCGCCACCGCCAAUGACGUCUACCUCCUCCUAAAAAGCAGUGAUUUCAUCACCCACGAUCUUCAGCAUCCUUUUGACGACUGUGUUCCUGAUUCUGCUACAAAUGGCCAUGAUUCCGAGGCUCCGACCAUCGACUCACCAAUCCCGGACGUCCCCUACCACCUCGUCCUUCGCAAAUAUGCCAACUUCAACCCAUCUCUCGAGUUCCGCUGCUUUGUUCGCAACCGGAAAUUACUUUGCAUGUGUCAGCGUGAUUUGAACUACUUUGAUUUCCUAUUCGACAUGCGGGAUAUGUUCCGCUCGCGCAUUCAGGCAUUCUUUGACGAAAAGCUGCGCGACACCUUCCCGGAUCCGAACUUCGUGUUCGAUGUCUAUGUCCCUGCACCACAUCAACGUGUCUGGCUAGUUGAUAUCAACCCCUGGGCCCAGCGGACAGAUUCAUUGCUAUUUAGCUGGUUGGAGAUUCUGCGGAUGAAGGAUCCCAUUGGCUUCGAGGAGGAGGAAGAUGAUGACCUCAAUGGUAGAUUUGUGAGGAUCUCACUUCGUGAUGGUAGCAUUAUGACUUCGGAUGAGGCGGUUGGUAGUGUUGUUGAGGAUGUGGAAAAGUCCGAAGAUGAAGAGGAGAAUGUGGAAGAGGGCGACGAUGAUCUUGCUCCUUUCCUGCCGGAGAUACGUCUUGUGAAGAAGAAUGAUCCUGAGGCAUAUCAGUUCUCCACGCCCCAGUACUCUGCUCACAAGGUCCCGAAGGACCUAGUCGAUGCCUCUCUGGCGGGCCCGGGCGGCAUGAGCGAGUUUAUGGGCAAGUGGCAGGAGAUUCUGGCCAGGCAGACAAUGCAGCAGCAGCAGGAUGAUAGCAGUGACUCGGAAUAG